AUGGGAAGAGCGCCGUGCUGUGACAAGGUGGGAAUAAAGAAGGGGCGGUGGACGGCGGAGGAAGACCAGAUUCUCUCCGACUAUAUUCGGUCUAACGGCGAAGGCUCGUGGCGGUCUCUUCCAAAAAAUGCCGACCUCAAGAGAGGAAACAUAACUCUAGAAGAAGAAGAGAUCAUUGUUAAGUUGCAUUCUACUUUGGGAAACAGGUGGUCCAUAAUUGCGAGUAAUCUACCAGGCAGAACAGACAACGAAAUCAAAAACUACUGGAAUUCUCAUCUCCGCCGUAAACUCCACCAUUUCUUCAUUAAAUCAACGGUCUUCAACGUCGUCGAAAAUGCUCCUCCGCCUCCGUCUCCGCCACAGCCACGAAAACGUAGAACCGGUAGAACCAGCAGAUCUGCCAUGAAGCCAAAAAUCAUCCAAAACCGCAAAAACCCUAAUUCUCAUAAAGAAAGCAAAAACGACGUAGUUUUACCCGUUCCUGCAAAAGAAGACGCAUUAAUGGUUUUGUCAAGUAGUAGCGUAAGUGGGGCCGAGGAAGGUGGUUUAGGACCAUGUGACUAUGGUGACAAUGGUUAUUGUAACACGAGCAUUAAUGGCGACGAUGGAGUUAUGUGUUACAAUGACGACAUUUUUGGUACUUGUUUUCUACUGGACGAGCCUGUUGAUGACGUACACGUGUUAUCAUCUGAGUCUAACAACAAUGUGGUAGAAGACUCUGAACCAAACAGAGGUUUGUUCUCCACUGAGCACGAGAAUAAUAACGAUACGAUCGCUGAUGACUUCGGUGAAUGGGACUUUGUUUGGAAAGAUCAAGGUGAGAACCUUUGGGAAGAAAAAGAAGCUCCUGAUUCGGUUUUGUCAUGUAUGUUAGAGAAAGGAGAAAUGGAAUCCAAGAUUAGACAAAGGGAAUCUACUUACUUCGGAGAACCGUUGAGUCUUGAUGAGGAAAACGAGAUGGUUUCUUGGCUUUUGUCUUGA